AAGCAUCAUAUCCAGAUGUACUAUAUUUUAUCAUUCAUUUUGUUAAUAUAUUUUUUAAAAUCACAAUCACAACCAAAACGUAACCUGAUGGUCCCCUCACCAUUUCCGUAUAUGGAUCGAUCCGCUCGAUGACGUCCACCAAUCAGAUUCAAGUAUCAGAAUUUGAAAUCGCAAAGGGAGUCACUCACUGACUGCCAGUCCGCCUGAGACGUAUUUAGGUUUGGAAAUGUAUUAAUUUAACUUUCGGUUUUCUGUCGGAUAAGACAAGUAAAUUCAAGAAAAAUGACAGAAGAAUCGGCGGUAAAAGUUUGCGUUCGUGUCCGUCCGCUUGUUGCGAGGGAAGAAAAUGCUACAUCAGAGAAUGCAGUGCCCGUCCAGCUGUUUUGGAAAGCUGAUAAGAAAUCAAUUCAUCAGAUUGAUGACGGAAAUUCCACCAAGAGUUUCAGUUUUGACCGAGUGUUCACUUCUGAAGAAACAACCAGUCAGCUGUACCAGAAUAUUGCAAAGCCUCUGGUUGUUUCCACCGUUGCAGGUUACAAUGGAACCAUAUUUGCUUACGGGCAAACUUCAUCUGGAAAGACCUUUACCAUGAUGGGCAGUGACCAUAUGCCUGGAGUGAUACCUCUGGCUGUAGAAGACGUCUUUCAAACCAUUAAAUCUUAUCCAAAGAAGGAAUUUCUGCUCAGGGUGUCCUACAUGGAAAUCUACAAUGAGACUGUGACUGAUCUGCUUGUAGACAGCUGGAAGAGAAAACCUCUGGAAAUCAGAGAGACAAUCAAUAAAAACAUCUAUGUGGCUGAUCUGACUGAGGAGCUCGUCACGUCUCCUGCACAAGCCCUGGCAUGGAUUCGGAAAGGAGAAAAAAACCGCCAUUACGGAAAGACAAAAAUGAACCAGAGGAGCAGUCGUUCACACACCAUUUUCCGUAUGAUCCUAGAGAGCAGGGAAGGGAGCGACCCAGUAACCGGGGAAAAUGCUGACGGAGCCAUUAUUGUGUCUCACUUGAAUUUAGUUGAUCUUGCUGGAUCAGAGAGAGCAAGUCAAACCGGAGCAGAAGGUGCUCGUUUCAAAGAAGGUUGCAACAUCAAUCGCAGUCUGUUCAUACUGGGACAGGUGAUCAAGAAACUCACUGAUGAAAACCAGAAGGGUUUCACAAACUACAGAGACAGCAAGCUAACCCGUAUCCUCCAGAACUCUUUGGGUGGAAAUGCUAAAACUGUCAUCAUCUGCACCAUCACUGCUGCCGCUCUGGAUGAGACGCUGAGCACUCUGCAGUUUGCCAGCACAGCAAAGAAAAUGAAAAACGACCCUCAUGUGACCGAGGUGUCAGAUGAUGGGGCUCUGCUCAAAAGGUAUCGCAAUGAAAUUGUGGACCUCAAGCGACGCCUUCAAGAGGUUUCCUCAGUCACGCAGACCACAGCGACGGAGAAGGAGGUUCUUUCCCAGCUGCUUCAAGAAAAGGAUCAGCUCCAGAGAGAACAAGAGGACAGGAUCAAAAACCUGACUAAACUGCUUGUCACCAGCUCAAACCUGGUCCCUGUACAUAAGAUUCGUAAACGCAGGGUUACGUGGGGAGGAAAGAUGGUCAGACUCAGCCGUCCAUCCACCUGUGGCGACGAAUCGUCUAACCUCAGCUUUGCAGAUCCUUGGCCUCGGAAGAGGAAAGCAGACCGCUCUUGUUUGAUGGAGCUGGGUGAAGAGGAGGAAGACUUUGACUCUCACUGGGGGAUUCCUGAGGAGCCAUCAGAUGACAUGGAUAUAAGUCAGAGCUCUGUGACAGUUCGAAGCUUUGGAGACAGUCCCAGAGACUUUGUGUCUCCUGACCGGAUGCGGGAGCUUACAGGGAAAGUGUCCAACCUGGAGAUGCAGCUGGAAAUGGAGAGUCAGCAAAAAGAGGAGGCCAUGGCAAAGGCAGAAACAUUAGAAGAAAGAGUGGCAGAGCUGCAGCUGCAGCUUGAAACAGAGGCUCAACAGAGACAGGAGACUCUGGAGAAAAUACUAACAACAGAACAGAAGGCAGCAGAGCUGGAGCUGCAGCUGGAAGCUGGAGCUCAGCAGAAGCUGGAGGCCAUGGAGAAAGUGGAGAUGUUGGAGUUGAGGGUGGCAGACCUGGAGAGACAACUGGAAGAACAGAGCCACAAUAAGACUGAGACAGAUGAACAGAUGAGAAAAGAGUUUGCUGAGACCAUCCAGCUGUGUGAAACUUUAGCCACAGAGAAGGACAUGGUGGUUGUCGAGCGAGACUAUCUGAAACAGGAGCUGGGAAUGUUCAUAGAGCAGACUGAAACUUUGGAGAAAGAGAAAGCUGCUCUGUCCCAGGAGCUGGAGGAGAAGAGGGAGAUGGAUGAGUUCAAUCAGCUGGAGGAGGAGAUCAAGAGGGAGAAUGAGGACGAGUUGCAAAAUGAAAUAUCUAGCUUGAAGAAAGCUGUUGAAGCCUCUGAACUCCAGUGCCUGGAACUUCAGAACAAACUAGAUGUGAUGUCUGAAAAGCUGAAGAAGAAAACUGAAUUUGCAGAAGAACUUCAGAAUAUGAACGGUAAGGACUUGGUGCAGGAGGUGGCGAAGCUUCGCCGUUCUCUGGACGAUGCAGAGGGGCUCAGCCGAGACACAAAGAAGGAAUGGGCUGUGCUCCGCAGUCAGAAAAUUUCGCUUGAGGAAACAAAUGUGACCCUGACUGCCAACCACGAACGGAUGGAGGCAGAAGUGAACAGCCUGCGAUUUCAACUUGAGACAGAGAAGACACGUUUCAAAAAGAUGCAGACUGACCUUCAAAAGGAGCUUAAUGUAGCGUUUGAUGAGAACACCAAGCUCACCACUCUGCUAGAUGGCAAAGUCCCUAAAAAUCUCAUCGACAGCGUGGAGCUUGAGAGAACAGUGGCCAGUCUGAAUAAAGAGCUGGCAGCUUCUCAUGAAGCAGAAGAAACUCUCAGAGCUCAGCUGGAGGAGCUGGCUUCAUUUAAGACUCUUCCUGAUCAGGUGGACAGCUUAAUGAAGCAGGUGUGUGAGCUGACUGAGGAGCUGCAUGCUGCUCAGACUCAAAAGGACAACCUGCUCUCAGUUCAAGCUCAAUGUCAGGAGGAGGCUCUGCAGCUCAGAAACUCCUGGCAGACGUCUCAGGAUGAGAUUAUGAGAAUCCAAGCAGAUCUGAGCGCUGCUGCACUGAGAGAGACUGAACUGAGGCAACAGUGUGCUGAAGUAACGCAGCAGCUGGACUCACUUCACUCAGAGCUGGAGCGGCAUGAGGCUGAGAAGAGCGAGCUCAUGGCCUCGAUGGAAGAGAGGAGCUUGAAGCUUGAAGAGAGUGACCAGCUGAGAGCAUCACUGGAAGGAAAGCUGAACGAGAUGCAGCAAAUGAUAAAGGAUUUGGAGGAGAAGUUUGCUGACAGUGAGGUUUCCAGAGCAACCGAGGAAGAGAUCAACAAAGAGCUUCAAGACCAACUGAACCAGCUGAAUGAAGAGCUUCGGUGUGCGCAAGCUGAGAAAGACACUCUCCUGUCUGAGCAGAGUGCUGGUGUUCAGAGCUCUGCAGAGGAGACCGAGAAGCUGCUUUCUACUGUAACAUCUCUGACUGCAGAGAUAGACCAGCUCAGGAUGAACCUGCAGGAACAUGAGGAGAAGGCUGGAGAAACAGAACGUCUUCUCGAGUCUCUUCAAGAUGAACUCCUACAGCAGAAGCAGAAAAACUCAGAUCUGAUUCAAGUUCACGAGCAGAAAGAGUCUGAUUUCAGUGAACGGAUGGUAAGACUAUCACAGGAGCUGCAGUGUGUGCGAGAUGAGAUGGAAACUCACCAAAUGGCCGCCACUCAACAUUCUCCAGCCGAGGUGGAGAGUCUGCUCUCUACUGUGGCUUCUCUCACUGCAGAGAGAGAUCAGCUCAAGAUGGACCUGCAGGAGAAUGUGGACUUGAUGAUUGAGAAUCAGGAGGACCUGAGGACAGCCCUGGAGAAUAAUCGCAAGCAGAAAGAACAGAUCAAACAGCUGGUGACUGCACAGACGCCCAGACUGGAUGGACCUCCAAACGAUAUGAGCUCGCAACUGGAGGAGCUGCAAACACAAAUGGAGACUCUCACUAAGGAGCUCCAGAGUGUGCGAACAGAGAAAGAUGAUCUGCUUUCUGAGAAGGAAAGAAACACUCGGACCUCCACAGAGGAGAUGGAGAAGCUGCUCAGCAGAGUGACGUCUCUCACUGAGGAGAGAGAUCAGCUGCAGGAGAUACUGGAGGGACUGAGGGAGGAGAAGAAGCAGCUCGGAGCAGAGCUGGAGAACAAGAUGGAAUCACUACACAACAAGAUGGAAACUUUGACUCAGAAACUGCAGAUCAUUGAAGCAGAAAGAGACAGCCUGCUCUCUGAGAAGGACUCCAACUCUCAGAGCUCCACAGAGGAAAUGGAAAAGCUGCUGUUCAAAGUGACGUCUCUCACUGAGGAGAGAGAUCAGCUGCAGGAGAUACUGGAGGGACUGAGGGAGGAGAAGAAGCAGCUCAGGGCAGAGCUGGAGGAAAGAAUGGAGAUGGUUGCAGAAGCACAAACUGGGUUUUACCAGCCAGAGAUGAUGACCUUGGAUCUGCAAGCACAUGAUGAGAAAGUAAACCAACUUCAGCAAGAGAUCGAGCUACUCCAGGCGACUCUGCAGGCCAUCACUGAGCAGAAGAAACAAGCGGAGGACGAUCUGCAGCGUAGCAAUGAGAUGGUUACUGAGACUCAAAGCCUUGUGCAGUCACUUCAAGAGCAGAUCCAAGAACAGAAUGAAAGAAACCUCACAGCUGAAGGAACAAGCCAAGAAGGCCAAGCUCAGCUAGAACAACAGACCAAGACACUAGCUGAGGAGCUGGAGAGUGCUCGAGCAGAGAUAAAUGCCUUGUUGUUUGAGAAGGAAGCCAGCCGUCAGACCUACACAGACGAGAUGGAGAAGCUGCUGUGCAGAGUGACGUCUCUCAGUGAAGAAAGAGACCAGCUGCAGGAAACACUGGAGGGGCUGAGACAGGAGAAGAAGCAGCUCAGUGCAGAGCUGGAGGACAAGAUGGAGAUGAUGCAAUGCGAUCUACAGCAGCAGCUCAGCUCCGAACCACAUUCGCUGAAAGAAGAACAGGAAACUCAGCGACUUCUGCAGAUCCAACAGCUGGAGGAGCUUCUGGAGAAGACUAAAGAGGAAGUCACCCAGUUGGAGUCAGACCGCCAAGAAAAUGUAGAACUGAUGAUCGAAAAUCAGGCGGAGCUGAGAGCAUCUCAGGAGAAGAUCAGAGCUCUACAAGAGGAGAUCGACAUGCUGAGAAGUGAAAAGGCAGAGCUUGAGAGCAGAGCAAGCAGUGGGAAUGAUGCAGACAGUAUCCUCCAGAUACAGGAGCUUAAAGACCAGAUCCAGAGGCUGACUGAGGAGCUUGAGAAUAUGCGAGCAGAGAGAGACAGUCUGCUGUCUGAGAAGGAAGCCGACAUUCAGACCUCCACAGAGGAGAUGGAGAAGCUGCAGUGCAGAGUGACGUCUCUCAGUGAGGAGAGAGAUCAGCUGCAGGAGAUUCUGGAGGGACUGAGGGAGGAGAAGAAGCAGCUCAGUGCAGAGCUGGAGGACCAAAUGGCAUCACUACAGACUGAGAUUGCACAGCUGAAUGUUUCUCUGCAGACUGUUAAUGAACACAAGAGGCAGAUGGAAGAUGAUCUGCAGCACAACGUAAAUAUGCGGUCUUCUACGGAAGAGCUUCUGCAGUCAGUCCAAGAGGAGCUGCAGCAGCAGAAGAACAUCAACUCUGAUCUGGAGAAACUAAAUCGGGAGAAGGAGGUUUCCUUUGAGGAGCAGAUAAAGAAUCUGACAGAGAAACUGGAGAUUGUUGAGGCAGAGAGAAACUGUCUUCAGACCUCCACAGAGGAGAAGAAGCAGCUACUGAGCAGAGUGACAUCUCUUAGUGAGGAGAGAGAUCAGCUGCAGGAGUUACUGGAGAGCCUGAAGCAGGAGAAGAAGCAGCUCAGUGCAGAGCUGGAGGACAGAAUGGCAUCUCUACAGGCUGAGAUAAGAACUCUAACACAGAAACUGCAAAUAACUGAAGCAGAGAGAGAUUCCCUGCUGUCUGAGAAGGAAAGAAACACUCACACCUCCAAAGAGGAGAUGGAGGAGCUGCAGUGCAGAGUGACGUCUCUCAGUGAGGAGAGAAAUCAGCUGCAGGAGAUUCUGGAGGGGCUGAGGGAGGAGAAGAAGCAGCUCAGUGCAGAGCUGGAGGAAAAAAUGGAGAUGAUCUCAGCCAUCCAGACAAAGUUGAACCAGCAGGAGCAGUUGAAUGUGCUGCAGCAGUCUGAGAGUGAAGAACGAGAGGUGAAGAUGCAACAAGAAGUGCAGAAGCUCGAGGAUCAAAUGCAAGCAUACAAGGAGAGACAAGCUCAGGCCAAAGCUGAAGCAGAGGCCUCACAGCAGCUGCUAAGUGAAGCAAACACAACCAUCUCAGCUCUGAGAGAGCACUUCAAUGCCUCCCAGCAGAGCGCUGCUGAAGUCAAGGAGAUGAUGUCAUCACAGCUGCAGAACUCCACUGACCAGCUUCAGGAGUCCUUUGGACGAUUCCAGCACUUUAUCAACACUUGUUCCAAGUAUAACUCUGCAGCCCUGGAAAAUGCCCUGAGAGUGCAGUGUUCCCUGAAGUCCUCUUAUCUGACCGUUCUUCCAAAACCCACCAUCGAUGCCUACGCCGCUGUCCGUCAGCAGGGACAGGCAACUGUCCAGAGUCUAAUAAAAACUCAAGAGGAACUAUAUGCGCGAGCACAGCGCUACAGGGAAAUGUUUAAGGAGUUGGUGAAGAAAGAUUUGGCCGUGUUCGAGGAGAGGCGGCUGCAGGACACGUUGCUGUGCAGAGCUCAGGCACCCGCCUACUCUGUCAAAGACGAGGACCAGACAACGUGGGAACACAGACUCCCUGAGCUGCUGGACAAGAGGCAGCUUUACCUGCAGAAAAUGGCCAGCGUUCUGGAGAAGCUCGAGACCAACUUGGCUUCUUACGUCAGUGGGCGGAGAGCUGAGAUCCGGGAGAGAGAGAAGUUCAAGGAACAGCUGCAGGCCUCGAUCGCCCAUCAGCCAGACAGCUUCAGUUGGCUGGACGGCAUCCUGAGCCAAGAGCUGGAGCGCAGAUCUGCAGUGACACAAAGCUGGAAGAUGCGUCUGCAGGGCAUCACUGAUGAGCAGAACAGUCUGUUUACAGAGCUGAAGCAGCUCGAGCAUCAGGCCGAUUCUCAGCUUAGAGAGGAGAAAAGCAAAAAUUCAACUCUGCUGCAAGCACUGGAGGGAGCUCCUCUGAAAACAGAGGUUUCCUUGCUGAAGGACAACCAGCAACUUCUUCUUCAGCUGCAGCAAGCAGAGGAAAAAGUUAAAGCUCUGUGUGUACAGAACGAGCAGCUGGAGGACGCUCAGAUCAAAGCCAACAACAGGGUGUCCACCCAUAAACACACCACACAGCUCCUACAGACUGAACUACAGGACAGCCGCGCACUAGUGGAGGAGAAAGAAAACGCAAUACAAGCCCUUAAAAGCAAGCUACGGGAUUCUGAGAAAAAAGCCCCGCCUACUGCAGUCGAACUGGAAAAACUUCAGGCCAAACUGUUGAAAAUGGAGGUGCAGCUCACUUCAGCAUCUGAUGAGCACCAACAAGAGAUGCAGAGGAUGACCAUGCUGUUGAAUGAGAAGGAAAGCUCACUGAGGAAGCUGAAGGAGACUUUGAGGAAAUCCCAACAACAAGGAGAGGACUCAUUCUUGCAGGGUAAAGACCUUCAUGCCAGACUGACCAACCCCAGAGGUUUGGUCACCAGCAGCAUUCAGCUGGAGAAGGCAAAGCUGGAGGAGGAAGUCAAAGAGCUUCGUCUGAAAAUCACCGAGCUGGAGAGCUUGGUGUCCAGUCAGCAGGCAGAACUCAGCAAGUGGAAGAGCAGAGCCAUCAAGUUGAAGGGGAAGAGCAAAGCUGAGGUGGACAAGCCGUCAUCCCCCUGCACUCCCACCAAGAGGGCAUUUCCCAUGACCUCAGACUCCUCCCAUCUCCUCAGCUCGCCAAAAAAAUGUCCCGUUGCUCCUAAGAAGAACUUGGACUCUCCGAGGAAGGCUUUGGAGUCUCCCAGGAAGCUGCUGGACUCUCCUAAAAGUGGAUUCUUCAACAUCGGUGGAAGCUCAGAGCUGCUCUCCAGGACCUGUCCCAAGAAGUUCUUUGACAAUUCCAGCCUUGGAAUUAUUCCAGAUGCAGUUGUGGGUGCAAAUAAAACGGAGGAGUGGUGGCCACAGUCUCCAAAGCAAGAGGAGAUGUGUAAAACGCAGUAAAAUAUGCUGCAUGUGCAAUAUUUUAAAAUGUCUUUCUUUUUUGGUGUUUUGUUGUAGUUUUAAAUAAUAAAGUUUCCUUAUAAUAAUGA